AUGGAUCCAAUAUCGAUUCUCUGCUUCGGCAACUCGCUGACAGCCGGCUACUUCCACUUCGGCCUUGAAUACCACCCGUACGCCCUGCGGUUCAAAGAGCGUCUGCAGGCCGCGUUUCCCUCGCAGGCCUUUACUGUCGACGUUGAGGGCCUUUCUGGUGACCUGGUCAUCACGCCGCCAGGCUGUUAUUUGGCUCGGAUGCAAGCACGAUUCUCGAGCAAAACCUACGAUUGGGUGAUUUGUUUAGGGGGCACAAAUGAUCUCGGAUAUGGCUAUGACUCGUCAAAGAUAUUUACGGGGCUCCAGGCCUCGUGGAACGUUGCGCUUAGCCACGGAGCCCGCGUGCUGGCCCUGACGAUCCCGGAAUGCGAGGUGGUGAAUAAAGUGUUGGACCGCCGGCGGAAUGAAGUCAAUGCUGCCAUCCUCGCCCAUCAGGCGGAGGGAUUCUAUUCCUUCGACCUCCACGCUAAGGUUCCCUUCCAUAGUAUGUCGGAAGAGCAGCGGUCGGAUAUUUGGGACGACGGACUCCACUUGACGGAUAUCGGAUACGAUCUGGUCGGGGAUUUGGUAGCCGAACAUUUGGUGAAACUACUCGAGUGA